AUGAGAGUACGUUUACAUAAAGGUAAUAAUAAUCUUAUUCCAAAAUGGAAAAAACAUGGAGCAAGUUCAUCAAAUCCAUCUCGAACUAAACAUCGAGAUGCUGCAAAACUUCAACUUUUAUCAUCAUUAUCAACAUCACAAACAUCUUCAAUUGAUAUUAAACAACCAUCAAAAACAACGCAUGAUAUUGAUCGAAUUUCUCAAUAUUCAAAAACAACUUUAGGAACAACAGCAACAAAUAAAUCAAUGAUUCAAGUUAAUGCACGAGUUAUUCAAACAUUAUUGGAACGUCUGCCAGCUAAAAAUGAUCAACAACAAAUGGUCAUAUGGUUAGAUGGUAUUUGUCGAGCUUAUUGUGCUUUUCAUCGUUCAGAUUCCGUGACAUGUCUUAAUUAUAUUUUAAAAUUAUUUGAAAUAUGUAUUAAUGAAUGUCUUCUAUCUGUUUACCAACGCGUACAAAAAAAAGCUACAAAUGUUCUUAAAACAAUCAUAAAAACAAUAUUAAAACCACAAAUCGAUACAUUACGUACAAAUCCAUUAUUAAAACAAUUAUUUCAAUUAGUUGAACAUGGUUUAACAUAUGCCUAUACAUUAUCAUGGAAUUAUAUACUUCAUUUACUUGGUGAUAUGUUUGAUUUAAUGGGCAAAGAGAAUUUUGAACUUUGUCAAAAUUGUUUAUCAUCAUUAUCUGGUUUACGUUCAACAAAAGAUUUUUCAUUUUUAGAUGAAUUAGAUUCAACAGUUGGUAAAGCAAUUCGUGUAUUUGGACCAAAAAAUAUUUUACAAGUAAUUCCAUUACAUUUAACUGGUACAAUAAAUGAUGUUCAAUUAGAACAAUCAUGGUUAUUACCAUUAUUACGUGAUAAUAUAACACAUACUGAAUUAAAUCAUUUUGUUGCUUAUUUUUUACCAAUUGCAUUUCAAUUGCAAACAACUGCGGAAAAUCUUCGCGAUAAAGGUGAUGUAAUAAAUUCAACAGUAUUAUUUACAUUACAAGAUCAAAUAUGGUCAUUAUUUUCUGGUUAUUGUUCAUAUGCAACUGAUAUUUCAACAAGUUUAAAAUUAAUUGCAAAAGGUAUUGGUACAUCAUUAACAAAACGACCAGAUUUAAGAUUACAUUUAUUGGCUGGUUUAAGAAAUCUUAUAUCAAAAACUGAUAAUGAAAGUGAUCGACAAGAAGUUGGAAAAUAUGCAAAAAAUUAUUUACCACUUUUAUUUAAUUUAUAUACAACUGAAAAAUGGAAUGUUUCACGUGAUCCAGUACGACAAAGUGUAUACGAAACAAUAAAACGUUAUUUAACAAUAACUGAUCAUGCAUUAUGUCAAACAUUUUUUGAUAAAUCUUUAGAAAAAAUACAAAAUACUGAAAUUGAUCAAAUAACAUUGACUUAUUUACUUGAUAUUGUUUUGGCUUUAGUAACAUAUUUGGAUGAAAAACGUUUAAAAUUAUUAGAAGAUAAAAUAAAACAAUUAUUUACAAUGAAAGAUGGAAGUGUGAAAAGAAGUGUUAUGAAAAAAUCAUAUCGAAUUUUAGAAGAAUUAUGUUUACGUUCGACUACAACAAUUCAAAAAUUUAUUGAUGAACGCUGUUCAGAUUUAUUACUUGAACAUCUUCUUAAUUCAUUAACAAAAUCACAAUCAGCUUUGAAAGGACCACAACUUCGUUCUAUUUCAAAUUUACUUGACAUGCCAAAUAAUCAAACAAUUACAAAGUUUAAACAAAUUGUUCCACAAGCUAUUCAAUGUCUUCAUGAAAUUAAUAAACGAACACGAAAUGAGGCUUAUUUAAUUAUAAUUAAAUGUGCACGUUUUUGGACAUCCAUUAGUGAACAAUCAUUUAUUGAUUCAUUGACAAGUUUUUUUCAUUUUCUUAUGGCUGGUCUUGUUAGUCCACAUUCACCAUCAAUGUUAUCAGCAACAGUACUUGCUAUAAGUCGUUUAUGUCUUGAAUUUCGAGAAAAUUUAGCUGGAUCUAUUGUUGAUGAACUUUUAUCAACAUUAAUACUUGUUCUUCAAUCAAAAGAAAGACAAAUUGUUCAAGCAGCUUUAAGUUUUUGUCGUGUUUUACUUAUUAUUCUUAAUGAAACUGUUUUGUCAAAAUAUAUUGAACAAUUGGCUCGUUCAUUAACAAUAAUGCGUGAUGAAAAUAAUUUUACAUUUCGUCCAAAACUUAAAUUAAUCUUACAAAAACUAGUGAAAAUAUUUGGGUUCGAUGCAUUACGUGAUCUCUUUUCAGCUAGUUUUCAUGCUCAAUUAUCUUAUAUAAAUAAAAUGCAUGCUCGUAAAGAACGACGUCGUAAAGGUACAUCAACAAUUGGCCAAAGUGUUAUAACAAAAGUAGAUAAUGAAGAUGAAUAUGUUGAUGAUAAUGAAACAACAUUUACUGUUCGACCAAAACUAACUAUUGAUCAAUUACUUGAUGAUUCUGAUGAUGAUGAUGAACAGAAUCUUGGAAGAAUAGAUGAUGAACGAACAAUUGCUACAGCACGAACAACAGCAAGUACAAAGCGACGACGACAACAAUCAGCUUUAUGGAUAAAAGAAUCUCAAGGUGAUGAUCCAAUUGAUUUAACUGAACCAACAGCAGCAAGAAGCAUCUAUGCAACAAAACCAUUAACAACACGUGAAACUGAAACUAUGAAACAAGCAAUGAAAGUUAAACGACGUAAUUCACGUUUUCGUACAGCACCUGAUGGUCGUCUUGUAAUUGAUGUUGACGAUGAAGAAAAUCAACAACAACAACAAUACGAUGACGAUGACGAUGAUGAAGAUGAUCUUAAUCGUGAAGAUUUAAAAGAUUUAAUGGAAACAUUAUCAUUAGGUCAACGAACAAAAAAUAAACGUAAACGUACUAUUGGAGAUGAUGAUGAAGACGAUGAUGAUGAUUAUCAAAUUAAUGAUAAAAAAAGUCAAAGUGUUCAUUCAAAAUAUCGAACCGGUGGUGGUGGUAUUCAUCGAACAUUAAAUCAAUCAUCUAAACAACAACACCAACAACAACGACCAGGAAAUAUGUAUAAAGCUAAGCGUGGUACUGGUGGUGACCGAAAAUUAGCUAAUAAACAUGAUCCAUAUGCUUAUAUCAAACUUGAUUUUAAUGCUCUUAAUAAAAGAAAACGAGGCAAAUUUAAAGGUCAAUUUGAACAAAUUGUUGGCGCUGCUAAACGAGGUGCAAAUCGUGGUGCGAAAUUAGGUGCAAAAGAGCGUUAUCAUAAGAAGAGUGUGAAACGUUUGAAAAACAAAUAA